CGUUUGUCUCCGCCCAUUGGCCGAACCCCGCGCGCGCGUUGCGCGAGACGCAGACAGACAGAGACACAGUGAGACAGAGUGAGACACAGAGAGAGACACAGAGUGAGACAGAGACAGAGACACAGAGUGAGACAGAGACACAGACAGAGUGAGACACAGUGAGACACAGAGAGACGCAGAGACAGAGACACAGUGAGACAGAGUGAGACACAGAGAGAGACACAGAGAGACGCAGAGACACAGAGUGAGAGACAGACACAGAGUGAGACAGACACAGAGUGAGACAGACACAGAGUGAGACAGAGACACAGAGAGACACAGAUACAGACACAGAGACGCAGAGACAGAGACACAGGGAGGCAGGGAGACAGAGAGACACAGUGAGACACAGAGACAGGGAGACACAGUGAGUGAGACAGAUAGACAGAGACAGACAGAGACAGCGAUAGACAGAGACACAGAGAUACAGAGACAGACAGAUACAGACAGAGACAGACAGGGAGCCACAGAGAAUGAGACACAGACAUAUAUAGAGAGACACAGACACUGGGACAGAGACAGAGAGACUGGGAGAGAGAGAUAGAUAGGGAGACACAGAGAUAGAGAGACAGAUACACGGAGAGAAAGACAGGCAGAGAUACACAGAGACAGAGACACAGAGUGAGACAGAGACAGACAUAGAGACAGACAGGGAGACACCGGGAGUGACACAGAGAUAGACACCGAGACACAGAGAUAGACAGAGAGACAGACAGAGAUAGACAGAGACACAGAGACAGACAGAGAGACAGAGAUAGACACCGAGAUACAGAAACUCGAGAGACACGGAAAUCUUCCUGAGGGCGGCACCCGCGCCGCCUCCACCCCUCAGCCCUCGCCCCAGCCCAUCAUCAUCAGCAGCCCCAGCCCCAGUCUCAUCCCCAGCCCAUCAUCAGCAGCAGCCCCAAGCCCCAGUCUCAUCACAAGCUCAUCAUCAUCAGCAGCAGCCCCAAGCCCCCAGCCCCAGUCUCAUCCCCAGCCCAUCAUCAUCAGCAGCAGCAGCCCCAGCCCCAGUCUCACCCCCAGCCCAUCAUCAUCAGCAGCAGCAGCAGCCCCAGCCCCAGUCUCACCCCAACCCAUCAUCAGCAGCCCCAAGCCCCAGUCUCAUCCCCAGCCCAUCAUCAUCAGCAGCCCCAAGCCCCAGUCUCAUCCCCAGCCCAUCAGCAGCAUCAUCAGCUUCAGCCCCAAGUCGCGAUUUCCACACCGCCCGCGGCCUCCGACUCGUCCCGAGGCCCAUCACGCUGGAGGCCGGAGCCCGUCUGCCGCCUGCCGGCAUCCCUCGCCUCCCUCUCCGCCUCCUCCCCACACCGCCACCGCCGCGGAGAUGUCGUCCCUGGCCCACCCCGGGGUCGUCUCGGGCGGUGCAGGUGGGGCCGACUGUUGGAUCGUGACUCUGGAGGAGCGGGAAAAGCACCACCAUCUCUUCUACAGCCUCUCCCCAGCCGGCGGAUUCAUCACAGGGGAGCAGGCACGAGGCUUCUUCCUGCAGUCCGGGCUGCCGCAGCUGGUGCUGGCGCAAGUCUGGGCCCUCGCGGACGACGAUCGCGACGGCCGCGUCGACCUCGUUGGCUUCUCGGUGGCGAUGAAGCUCAUCAAGAUGGCCCUGCUGGGCCACCCGCUGCCCGUCGCGGUGCCGCCCAUCACGCUGCACUCGCUCACCGGGCACGCCCAUGGGAGGACAGCAGCUGCUGCCCCUUGCCAUCUCUCCCCCGGAGUGGCGCCGCCGCAGCCCAUGCUGCCCGGCUCAGCGCACGCCGUGCCACCCUGCGUCUCUGUGGGGGAGGGGCCGACUCACGCUCCCGCGUUCCCAGUGUCUGAUUCGUUCCUGGAGCGGCGCAGGGAGAACAUGGAGCGAGGGGAGGCGGAGCUGCAGCGGAGGCGGGAGGCGCUUCGCGAAGCGCAGCGCAAGGAGGAGCAGGAGGAGAUCGCUCGGCAGACGGCCGCGCGCAGGCAGCAGCUGGAGGGACAGCGGGAGGGCUCGCGGGCCGAGGUGCAGGCGCUGCGGCAGCACCGUGACGUCCUCGCCGCCCGGCUGCUGGCGCUCGCUCAGUCCCGCCAGGAGGCGCAGGCGGGCGCGGCGGACGCGAGGCAGAGCGCGGCGGAGUGCCGCUCGCGGUUGGACGCGCUCAACGAGCGAGCGGGCCGGCUCCACGCCGAGUCGCGCCGUCUGGAGGCCCAGGUGGGCGCCGCACAGAGCUCCCUGGAGGCGCUGAGGGCACAACGCGCGCAGCUGGAGGGGCGCCUGCAACGCGGAGCCCGCGGCGGCGGAGGCCUGGACUCGCUGGCAGCCGAGGUCCAUUGCAGGAGGGCGGCCGUGCAGAGUCUGCGCGAGAAGGUGGAAGCCAUCGAGCUUCAGAUCCAGCAGACGCAAGCUCAGCGGCAGGACCCGCCGUCGGCAGCCACCGCCACGACCGCCAGCGCCAGCUCCAGCGCCAGCUCCCGCGCUGGCUCCGCUGGCCACGCAGGCUCCGCCCCGGCGUUCCAGCCCCCCGUCGCCAUCGUCCCUCCCUCCCUCGCGCCGACGCCGAGCAACGCGAGCGGCGCUAUCUCCUCCUCAUCCUCCUUCUCCGAGCAGCAGUGGCAGAAGCAGCAGCAGCAGCCGCAGGAGCAAGGCGGGGCGUGCGUGGCAGCGUGCGACGCGGAGGAGUGGGGAGGCGGCGGUGGGGGAGGUGGCGCCUCCCAGCCCGACGUGGGCUGGGCACGGUUCCCGGAGUUCGGAGACCCCCGCCCGGCCCAGCCCAGAGCCGGGGUCGCCAGGAGCAGAGGCUCCCAGUCGGAGCGGCGCACGGGGCCGCACGGGGGUACCGGCUCCAACAGCUUUCUGGAGCGCAACAUCCCGAGUUUCCCCGCGGUGGACGGGUCCCACGGGAACGAUGGGAAACCCAGCGCAGCCUCGGCCUUCACUCCGCAGGCCCCCUCGGCCUCCGCCUACUGCCCGCUGGGCUCGUGCGUGCGCGCCGUGGCGCUCUGCCGAUUCCAGGCGGUGCAGCCCAACCACCUGGCGUUCUGCACGGGAGACGUCAUCUCGGUGCGCGAGCGCCAGGACCUGUGGUGGCUGGGCGAGGUGGCAGGCCGCUCGGGGUGGUUCCCCAAGUCGUACGUGCGCGUCACGGACGGGGACGCGGCCGCCGUGCCGCCACCGCUCCCGCCGCCGCUCCCGCUCCUCGCCAACGGAGCCCGGAGCCAGAGGGGGACGUGCGCGGCGAGCGAGGAGGAGGUCCGGCGGGAGGGCAGAGAGGCUGCAGUGCCGUCAGAUUCGUGGAACCACUCCAAGUCGCGGCCGUACACGAGCAUCCUGAGGAGAGUCUCCAAGCCAAAGGCCCCUGCUCCUCCAGUCCACAGACAUGAGAAGUGCGCCGCGCUGUUUGACUACACGAGCAAAGAGGCCGGCGAUUUGUCCUUCCUGAAGGGCGACAUCAUCACGCUGGUCAGUAAGAACGACAGGGAUUGGUGGACGGGGACACUCAGCGGCAAGACGGGUCUCUUCCCGAGCAAUCACGUGGAGGUGCUGACCACCAAGGCCGGCGAACCGUCGGCACCGUCGUCGGCACCGUCGUCGGCACCGGCGUCGGCACCGGCGUCUGCACCGGCGUGCCCCAUCGGCAGCGCCGGUCGCGGCGCGGACACCACCGCGUCGCGGCCCGGGGGCCCGUCGGGCCGCAGCGUCGUGGCCCUCUACGACUACUGCGCGCAGAACUCGGACGAGCUCUCGUUCGUGCGCGGCCAGAGCAUCGGCGUGACGCGGCAGGCCCACCCCGACUGGUGGGAGGGCGAGGCCGGCGGCUUGCACGGCCUCUUCCCCUCCAACUACGUCAGGGAGCUCCUCCCGCCCGAGUCGUCGCUCUGAGUCGCGAUCGUCGCGGCCGCGCGCCGAGCCGCGUUUCGCACGCCCCGGAACCCGCGAUCCGAGGGGACGCGCAGGGUUCCAUUUCAUCUGCCGGUCGGGCAGUUGUGAAGGAAUGGCGCGAGUUUCCUUCACCGGGGUGCGUCCUGCCCCCAACCACCCCGACCUUUGCCGAUCCGGCAGUACGAAUACCCGCACGGUAAAAUUGGAUCGGCAGGGUCCAGUGUGGGGCCGGAUAAAAUGUGGGCAAGCCCGCCUCCCCCUCCGACACGCCCCGGUCAACGUGGGAGUCGAUCAAAUUGUACCCACGCGAGAGUUGCCUCCCGCACGACGGGCCCUCCCAUUGCCCAUCGACGCGCGCGGUCGCAGGGCGGCGCCCUUCUUACGCUUUCCUUCGGCGCCUCGCGGGGACUCGCGAGGCGCACGGACGUCCGAACGCGCGACCGGCCCGUGUGCGUCUCGUGUCUGCCGCUCUCUCAUUUAUCUCUCUGCGGCCGAGUGGGCCGAAGCUCGGCGGGCCUCUCCCAAGGGCCGUCGUGUGCCGCGCGUUGGUUCGAGGAGCCGCUCUCAAGUCAUUGCGGCGUCUGCCACGAGUCCCAGGGGUGCACCGUGCGUGCCCCCCCACCCUGCACGGGGGCAGGGUGACAGGGGUCACCCGGGUG